AACCUACCGAACUCUCUCGCUCUACUUUUCUCCCCAGUUCUGUCUCUCGCUGGCUCUCACUCUCUCCAGCCUCCUCCUGUUUCGCUUCUCGCUCUCGGAUUCUCGGAAUAUCAGGCGUCAUUGGCACCAGCCCUCAAAUCUCAAUUGUUUGCGUCUGAGAUAGGAUCAAUUUUUAGUAAAGUUCUUCUCUUUUGUUCUAAGGUGAAUUAAUGGCAGAAGGAAUGAAGACCCCAAGAAACGAGAAUAGGUGGCAGCUGCGGCCACAUUUGUCUAAAGAAAAAAAUUACGAAGCUUUGAAGGAGUUGUUCAAACAUCAUAUCGAAUCCUUUGAUUACAUGGUGGAGUAUGGUCUGGACACGAUGUUGCAGAACAUCAAACCCAUAGAAGUUUUCGAUUCAUUCUCCAAACUGAAGUUGAGAAUCUGGUUUGGAAAACCUGAGCUAUAUCCUCCUCAAAAGGAACGUUUUUCCCGGACCAUGGCAGAUGCUUUAUAUCCUUUUGAGUGUAGACAAGCUAAACUUACUUAUGCGGGGAAGUUUUUGGUGGACAUUUACUUCCAGUAUGCUGAUGGAGCUCCCAUUAGAGAAAAAUUUAAUUUUGGACAGUUUCCUAUUAUGUUGAAGUCCAAACUCUGUCAUCUGAAAGCUGCUGAUCUUCCCAAAAAGUUAGUUUUGUACAAAGAAGAUCCAUCAGAAAUGGGUGGAUACUUCAUCUUGAACGGGCUUGAGAGAGUGAUUCGACUUCUUAUUUUGCCAAAGAGAAACUAUCCAAUGAGCAUGGUGCGUAAUUCAUUCCGUGACAAGCGUGAAGGAUAUACUGAUAAAGCUGUUGCAAUAAGAAGCGUUCGACAAGAUCAAUCUGCAGUGACAAUCAAAUUAUACUACCUCAACAAUGGAAGUGCGAGGCUUGGAUUUUGGAUACAAGGAAGGGAAUAUCUGCUUCCUGUUGGAAUCAUAUUGAAGGCCCUUGCGGACACAACUGAUCAUGAAAUCUAUGUGAGUUUAACAUGUUGCUACAACGAGCUAUAUGAUCGGGUUAAGGGAAGUGUUGGCACUCAACUCAUUGGCGAGAGGGCAAAAAUUAUUUUAGAUGAACUUCAUAACUUGUCUCUUUUCACGCAUGCUCAAUGUUUGCAACACAUAGGGGAGCACUUCCGACCUGCCAUGGCAGGAAUGGAAAAUGAAAGCUAUUUAACUGUUGCUGAGGCCGUGUUAAGAGAUUACAUAUUUGUUCAUCUGGAUAACAACCACGACAAGUUCAAUCUCCUCAUCUUUAUGUUGCAGAAACUUUUCUCUCUCAUAGAUCAGACUUCUGUGCCAGACAAUCCAGAUUCUUUGCAAAACCAAGAAGUUUUAUUGCCAGGCCACUUAAUAACUAUUUAUCUCAAGGAAAAGUUGCAAGACUGGUUGCUCAGGGUGAAACGGCUUCUUCAAGAUGAAAUUGAUAAUGGAACAAAGAAGUUUGAGUUGAGCAGCUUAGCAGAUGUCAAAAAGGUCAUUGAUAAAAAUUCUCCGAGGCAUAUUAGCGCAGCUGUGGAAAAUUUGUUGAAGACAGGAAGAUUGGUUACACAAUCAGGUCUGGAUUUGCAGCAGAGAGCUGGGAUGACUGUUCAAGCAGAUAGACUAAAUUUUCUGCGUUUUAUCUCACACUUUCGAGCUGUUCAUCGAGGUGCAUCAUUUGCAGGCCUUCGUACCACAAGCGUUCGCAAGUUGUUGCCUGAAUCUUGGGGAUUUCUCUGUCCUGUUCAUACACCUGAUGGAGAGCCAUGUGGACUGCUGAAUCAUAUGACUUCGUCUUGCCUUCAUCGAGACGAAAAGCCUUUGACUGCUCUCUCUAAAAAGGCUCUUAUUUUGGAAAUUGCUUUCCUUAUAGUUAAUUUUUCUGCAUGGAGUCAUGCAAUCUCCUCCAUCUCCACCAACCUCUCUAGUUCUUCCCUUAAUGUCUACGUUUAUCCUUCUCCUCCCCAGCCAACCAUCGACUCUCCUCCCACCUAUCUAACUCAUCUAUCUCCGAAAGGCACUGAAUUUUACGACAGUUCACAUUGCCCACAACCUCCUCAUUCCAUUUCUUUAAAUCCCUUUUCAAAGCUUCAACUUCUGAUCCAACACAAAACUAGGAGACCCUCUAACAUCGUAAGAUGUUCACCAAGUCUGUACUUGCUCCCUAAAACCUUCGACUUUCAACCACAUUUUCUCGAACCUAAAAGGCCUUCGUCCUCCACCCGUCCUGUUCCCAGCAUACAAGAUCCGCUCCCCAACCCCUUAGCAGAUAUCGAACGCCCAUCAUUUCCCAACUUCAUUAAGUCCCCUUACAUUCUAGCUAAUGAUUCAACCCAGUUCGAAGGUGGGUGUCCAGCUUCGAAUCCAAUCGAAUCCCCUGUUUCCUCCUCCUGUAUAACAUCACUUUCUAUUUCUCCCUUCUUGGCUCCAUCUACCCACAACACAAGUGCUUUUUUCGUCCCCAAGUCACUUACCUUCAUUGACUUAGAGUUCCUUCUAUUAUAUGUAUUCGCAACCUUUGUUGUCAAAGGUGUCGCAUCAUGCUCUAUCACCCUUGAGUCACGUUUGGUAUUAGUUACUGAGUGUUAUAUUAGCAAAAAGUGGUUCUUUUUUCUAUAUUUAAUCCAUGAAUUGAAAACCAGCUAUGCUAUGAUUACUCCGCAAACCCCUAUUGUACGCACUAAGGCAUAUGAAAAAUACAACAUUGAUGACUAUCCGUUGGGAACAAAUGCAAUUGUUGCUGUUCUAGCAUAUUCAGGAUAUGAUAUGGAGGAUGCCAUGGUACUAAAUAAAUCAUCUGUGGACCGUGGCAUGUGUCAUGGCUACAUAUACCAGACGGAAACAAUUGACUUGAAUGAACAAGGCAUCAAGGCAGAUCGUUCUCAGAGAACAUUUGGGAGAAGUAAUCUGGACAAAUCAUCUCAUCAGUUCAUCGAUAUUGAUGGGCUCCCCUAUGUUGGGCAGAGGAUAAACCCAAACGAUCCUUUUUAUAGCAUCUAUGAUGAGGUAACAAGCAAAGUAACAAAUAUCAAGUUAAAAGGUUCAGAGCCCGUUGUCGUUGAUUAUGUUGCUGUUGAUGUUAAAAACAAAAAGCAUCUACAGAAGGCAAACAUACGCCUUCGACGUACUAGAAAUCCUAUAAUUGGGGAUAAAUUUAGCAGCAGGCAUGGGCAAAAGGGUGUGUGCUCUCAGCUGUGGCCAGAUGUGGAUAUGCCAUUUUCUGGAGUUACAGGAAUGCGACCAGAUCUUAUUAUCAAUCCACAUGCAUUCCCUUCUAGAAUGACAAUUGCAAUGCUUUUGGAAUCAAUUGCUGCUAAGGGAGGCGCCUUACAUGGAAAUUUUGUGGACGCAACACCAUUUUCUAGCUCAAUAAAGAAGAAUACAGGGGGGUCUGAAAAUGAAACCACUUCACUUGUUGAUGAACUUGGUUCCUUGUUGAUUGCCCGUGGAUUUAAUUAUCACGGCGUAGAAGUACUCUACAGUGGAGUAUAUGGAACGGAACUGACGUGUGAAAUAUUUAUCGGGCCUGUCUAUUACCAGCGAUUACGGCAUAUGGUUUCAGAUAAAUUUCAGGUUCGUUCUACAGGAACUGUGGAUCAGGUUACUCGGCAGCCUAUUAAAGGAAGAAAACGCGGUGGGGGUAUCCGUUUUGGAGAAAUGGAACGAGAUUCCCUUCUGGCUCACGGGGCAGCAUAUUUAUUACACGAUAGACUUCAUACGAGUUCAGAUCAUCACAUUGCCGAUGUUUGCUCCCUCUGUGGAAGCAUCUUGACGACAUCAAUCAUCCAGUCGCAAAAACGAGCAGUUAGAGAGAUGAUUGGCGAUCUACCUCCUGGUAGGGCCCCCAAAAAGGUUACAUGUGUUGCCUGUCAGAGUAGUAAAGGAAUGGAGACCGUAGCUAUGCCUUACGUCUUCAGAUAUCUAGCUGCAGAAUUGGCAGCCAUGAACAUAAAAAUGACCCUUCAGCUGAGCAAUGGGUCGGGAGCGUGAAAAAUAUUAUGAAUGAGUUGUUUAGCCUGCAAACUAGAGACAAGAAGGGAGGAAUUAUUUCGGCAUGAAAAGUGGAUCCUACAUCUUUUUGCAUAUGUGGGAAACACGCACUUGCGAGUUGCGAUUUGAGUCCGUUGAGGGAAUGGCAUGCACAUGAAAUUGUGCAAACAUGUUUUAUCGACUCGCCUAACCGUAUCGCACUUUAUUUAGAAGUUUAAGAUAUUAAAGACAUGAAGAUUUCAUUUACUUGUACUAAAAAACCUACACUGUAAAAUUUUGUUGUUACAUUACAUAACACGCAAAAGCAAUCCGUUUCGAAGCAA